GGGGGCAGGAAGGGGAUAUGAAACUGGCGGGCACGGGAGCCCGGCGCGGCGGGCGGUGAGGCUGAGGGGCUCUGCGGGACGGGACGGGGAGGGGACGGGCGGUUCCCUCGCCCGCAGGAUGCGCUGCAGCCCGAAGCGCGUCCGCCUCGCCCUGCCCCCGGGGCCAAGGUGCCGGCCGGCUCUCCGGAGCGCUGCUCGCCGUCGCCGGGCUCCGCGGCGCCCUGAGCCCCACAGCCCCGCGCACGGCGGGCGGGCGGUGCCGUGAUGCCCGGCGGCGGCAGCGGGGCCCCGACGUAGCGUGGCGGCGCGGAGCCCCGUCCCGCGGGGCGGAGGAUGGCGUGUGGCGGCGGCUGCUGCUGCUCCAGCGCGGGUCGCCUGAACGCGGACAACGCGCGGUUCCUCCUGCUGGCGGUGCUGAUCCUGCUCUACAUGCUGUGCGGCGCCGCCGUCUUCUCGGCCAUCGAGCUGCCCACGGAGCGGGAAGCCAAGGAGCGCUGGGAGGAACGGCUGGAGAACUUCACCCGGCGCCACAACCUCAGCCGCGCUGAGCUCCGGCGCUUUCUCCGGGAGUACGAGGAGGCCAACGUGGCCGGCAUCCGUGUCGAUGACAUCCGGCCCCGAUGGGAUUUCACCGGCGCUUUUUACUUCGUGGGCACCGUCGUUUCCACUAUCGGGUUUGGUAUGACCACCCCAGCCACCGUUGGAGGCAAAAUUUUUCUGAUAUUUUACGGCCUUAUAGGAUGUGCAGGGACCAUUUUGUUCUUUAACCUGUUCCUGGAACGCUUGAUCACAGUCAUAGCUUAUGUCAUGAAGUCCUGCCACGAAAGACAGCUGAGAAGGAAAGGUGUUCUCCCUCACAGUGGCCGGCGGGGCUCGGGGACGUCUGAGGUGGACAGCCUGGCGGGCUGGAAGCCCUCUGUGUACUAUGUCAUGUUGAUUUUAUGUGUAGCAUCACUCAUCAUUUCCUGCUGUGCCUCUGCAAUGUAUACACCAAUUGAAGGGUGGAGUUACUUUGACUCACUUUACUUCUGCUUCGUGGCCUUCAGCACCAUAGGUUUUGGUGACCUGGUCAGUAGCCAGAACAUCAAGUAUGAAAGCCAAGGCCUUUACCGCUUUGGCAAUUUUGUCUUCAUACUCAUGGGGGUGUGCUGCAUCUAUUCCUUAUUCAAUGUGAUCUCUAUUGUGAUCAAACAAUCCAUAAACUGGAUAUUAAAGAAGUUGUCCUGCAAGUGCUGCCACAGAUGCCAAAGAAGAUUAUUUCGUUCAAGGAGGAACGUGGUAAUGCCUGGAAAUGUGCGCAGCCAGAGAAACAUCUCCAUCGAGACUGAUGUUGUCAAUGAGAGUGACACAGACGGACGCCGUCUAUCAGGAGAGAUGAUCUCCAUGAAAGACUUCCUGGCCUCAAAUAAAGUCUCAUUGGCCAUCAUGCAGAAACAGCUGUCAGAAACUGCUAAUGGGUAUCCAAGGCAAAUGAGCUGUAAUUCAAAGCAAAAUGGAUUCUCUGGUGGGGUUGGAGCCCUGGCAAUUAUGAAUAACAGACUGGCAGAGACAAGUGUGGAUAGGUAAAAUUAUAACAGUAAUAACAGUGAAACAGUGUGAACCAUUUCAACAAGUAUUGAAACUGUGAAUCAAGUGGAAAUAGCUAGGGAGAGAGUGCCACCAGAGGCUGGGAUGGAUAUGAAGGGCAUACCUCCUGAUGGAAGACCUCUGACACUUUUUUGGGGCUGUCACUUAAUGUUUUUGAAUUGCACCAGUCCCAGCCUUCCUUAUUUCCCAUCCCUCUGAUUCUCAAGCAGGUCACUGCAGAAGGAAUUUAAUUUAGCCUCCAGAUCAAAUUUCCAUGUCCUGUUCUUUUCCAUUUAUGUGAAACACAGAUUUCAGGAUAAGAAAUAUGUGGGAUGGGAAGAAACCAAGUGUGUCUACUGAACACAUCCUUAAUUCAAAGAUUUUUUUUUUGAGCUUUCUGUCUUACUCUCAUCAUACCUGUUUCCUGAAAGUAGUUCAUCUGAGACCAAAAGAGGAAUAAGCCUUUCCCUAUGGUAUUGCAGAUCUAAUUUAAUGAAAAAUAGUAUGAAAGUUGGUAGGUAUAUUUUGGAGUUAUUGUGAUGUGAAUGAGGAGAGAAUUUUGCCCUUAGAAUUUAAUUUAGUCUUUUCUUUAAGAGGAUACUGUCAAAAGUGAUAGAAUAAAAAUUUAUCCUAC